AUGAAUGAAUAACAAUGUAAAUGAUUUUCCAUUCUAAAACUAGUUAUGAAACAAACAGCCUAAAUAUUUUGUUAAGAUCCCUAAAUCAGAUAAUCUCAGUGCAUAGAUGAAAGAAUGAAACUAUAUGAUGAAGUGUAAAUCAAAUUAAUAAUAAUUCAGAUUGUGCAAGACUCUUGGUAAAACCUAUCCAGCCAUGAAUCAAACUGUUAAUUAAGAUUGCCAAUUAGAAAAGUUGCCGCAAUAAAAUACUUUGCUCGAUUCCUUUCUUAAAAAUCUCCUUAUGAGUGACAAAGGGUUAGUAUAUAUUUUACUAAUAAUUAGAGCUAUGUUUUGUUACAAUCAAUACUAACAAAAUAGAUAACCACAAACACAACCUAAACCUCAAAUGAAUUAAAAUCAUCAACAAUUUCAAAGAUAACCUCCCAAUUACAAUUACAAUUAAUAAUAAGACCGUUACAAUGAAUCUCAAAUUCCCAUUUAACAAAGACAUGUAAUGAUAGAAAACUAACAUCAUUAAGGAUAUCAAGGAUUCUCACAGCCUUUUAAUAAUUCUUAAUUUUAUAAUUCUAGAAUCUAUAAUUAACAAAAUGAUCAUCAACCUGUUUACACCUUUGAUAUCAUUGAGGAAUCAAAAAGAAGGAGAAUACAAUAAAUCCAAAACUAUAGAUAUAAAUGA